UCUCACUUUAUGUCUGCGUAGCCUAAAAAUUGUUGUCCUUGUGUCUCUGCAUCCAUCAUCAUCACCCUAUCUGAAACUUUUGUCACCAUAAGAGUGAGAGCCAAACCCCAGUGAUCAUUAACACCCCCUUAAAUUACAACAAUGAGAUAAUCAGAGAGAGAGAGAGAGAGAGAGUGACCAAUUUGCAUGAAUGAUAUCAUAGUUCUUCUACCAUGGACUUCCCAUCAUCUCACCCUUUCAUGUUUAACACCACUGAAGAUCACGACCACCACCUACCUUCAAUCUCUCUCAACAACUUUUCCUCUUUGCCACCCCAACACUUUCAAGGGGGUGCACCUUUUCUGUUGAAGCGAUCCAUGUCAUUUUCCGGCACCGAAAACAAGUGCAAUAAAGUUCAUGGAGAUCAAGAUGAGUUAUCUGAUGAUGGAUUGUACCAGAGUGGGGAGAAGAAAAAGAGGCUGAACUUGGAGCAGGUGAAGGCCCUUGAGAAGAGUUUUGAGUUGGGGAACAAACUUGAGGCAGAAAGGAAAGUGCAGCUAGCUAAGGCUCUUGGGUUGAAGCCAAGACAGAUUGCAAUAUGGUUUCAGAAUAGGAGGGCAAGGUGGAAAACAAAGCACUUGGAGAAGGAAUUUGUUGUCCUCAAGAAGCCGUUUGAUGCAGCCAAGGCUGACAAUGAUGAACUUAAACUUCAGAAUCAGAAGCUAUACACAGAGUUACAAGCUUUGAAAAGAAGGGAUUGGUGUGAAGCUCGAACAAUCAGCUUUAAGAAAGAAACUGAGGGUACUUGGAGCAAUGGAAGUGAAAACAGCUCAGACAUAAAUUUAGAUCUCUCAAGAACAUCAAUUUCAAAUAGUCCUGUAUCUCCCCAGAACAAUAAAAACCUUAUGACCACUUCAAUAAAAACCCCCAGCAUAACCCAACUCCUUCAAUUCUCAUCAAGGCCAAAUCUCCAAGAUGAAGGCUUGUGCAACAUGUUUCACAACAUUGAUGAGCACCAGAACUUUUGGCCCUAGCCUGCGCAGCACCAUUUUCAUUGACCUUAUUAAUGACUUUUCAACAACAAUGUUCAAUGAUAUGAGGGCCAAAGUUAACAAAAAUGAUUGGUAAACACAAACAGUGGCGACACCUCGACACCUCGAUCGCCACAAACUGCAGAGUUUAAAUAAACUGUGCAGUUUGUGGCGAAUUUUGGCCACCACAAACUUCCGGUGUCGAGGUGUUCUCCAUUGUUUGUGAGUUUAUUAAUCACCAUUGCAAAUUUAAUUAUGCAUUAUACAACCUUUUUAUAUCAGCUUUUCAAUUCAUGUUGUAGAAAACAAAUUAAUCUUCUUCAGGCAUGAGGAGUUGGUGGACUUUUGAGUAGUGCAAUUUCUUCUCCAAUGCAAUUUAUUGUAUUCCAUUGUAUAAAAGAAUGUUUUUGUUGGCUUUAGAUAAAAAGAGUUACAAGUUCU